GAUUUGUAGCAGAGCUUUAUCGCAGAAUGGAGGUAUCCGUGGAAGUGAAACGGAUUAAACUCGCUUAAUCUUGGCAGGAUAUUGAACCCCCCACCCCAUUCUCUAUCUUUUUUUUUUUUUUUAAACACUCCUCUGUGUUGGUGAGGUAGUAAUUAAAACGAAGCCUGGCUUUGGGGCUGCUCCUCUUUUAGCGCCCCCCGUAUGGAGGAUGAGGAGGAUGAUGUGUUUGAGCCAGAUCCCAACUGCUGGCGCACACCCUUCAGGGAGAUAAAGUGCGAAGACCGGGGCACGCAGACGCCCGGUCCUGCCCUGGCACCGAACAACGGCAUGCUGCCCUGCGGCGUUGCGGAGGAGCCCAGACAACUGUUCUACGGUAACGCAGGUUUUCGAUUGCACUUCCCAGCACAUUUUGAGCUUGUCGGGGAUUUUGACGCGAGGCGACAGGAGGAGCAGAACAGGAUGGAGCAGUUACCCCUGCACCAGCCGGCAGCGCUCAGCUUGGAGGCCUGCAUCGGGCAGAAGCUUCAGCUGAUAGGCGACCAGUUUCAUCGGGAACACUUACAACAGUAUCAUCAAAACCAAAGGAAUCAGGGGCCGCUGUGGUGGCGCAUGACUGCAGCUCUUCUCAGCCUCCUGCUUGAUAGGGGGUUUGUUGCUGGAAGAGGUGGAGCUGGACGGAGGUGAGGGGGUAUCUCCCCCUUAUGUCCUCUGUCUUCAUCUCUGUUGUGAGGAACUGGAAGCACCUGAAGGCACUGUCCAAUCUAACACGGGUCUGUUUGAGGGAGGGGAAGAAAAGGAUGCAAAAUGGUCACCGCGGGACGGCGACAAUCAAAUUUUAUACAGGGGCGUGUUUUGUUUUUUUCUUAAAAGAAGAUGCCAUGACUCUCCAGGAUUCGUCUCAAGGACAAUGUUCAUAUUUUGGCCUACAUGCUAUUUAGUCAUUUUGUACAGACCAUUGUUCUUGUUAUUUUUUUUUUUUUUUGCACUUCAACAUGUAUCCUUCUUAAAAGACCUGACCUUUACAGACCCUGGGAAUGCCUUAGUCAGUGUCUUCUACCAGAAGAAGAAUUGAGUGUUUUUUGACAAGCAAGAUGAGAUGGUUAGGGAAUGAAAGGUGUGACAGAUUCUUUUCUGAAGUCCCCCAGGUGACCAGUCACGUUGAUUUAUUCACUUCCAAAGAGGCAACUUCUCAGAACAAAGCAUUUUGCACCUCACUUCAAUGUAACAUUUUCUAUUUAUCUUUUUUAUGUAUUUUUUUCUCUUUACUUUCCAUGCUUUUAUUUUUAUCUUAACCCUUCGUAUCUUAUAGGAUUUCAGGAAUGAGGUAAAGUUUCUGUACAUAAAAAGUUCGCACACUGUGAAAUGUUAUCAAAGUUUAGUCAUGUGCUACAUGUCAAACAUUUGGGACUUUUUGAAGUAUAUGGGGGUGGAGUUGGCUGUGUUGAACAACACUACCUGGUUAAAUGAGCCUGGUUGGUACCACAAGACCUGACAAAGAUAAAAAAGGCUUUAGAUAAAUAUCACACACCAUAUGCAGAUGACUCCGUAGUUUUCUUUGAAGAACUGAAAAUAUAAUUGAGUAUUAAAGCAGUUCAAUAGUGGAUAAAUCACACUAAUUGUAUAAUUCAGUUAAAAGGAUCUUGCAAAUUUAACAUAUAGUAUUAGUGUAAAUGUUUUAGAAUUUUGUUUUGCUGUUCCUUGGAGCAACAAAAAAUUACUUCUGUUUUGUUCUAAUUGCAUAGAUGUGUUCAGUGGCAUUUUUUGCAUGAAAGUCGCCCUGGUUCAGCCCGUCCUUACAUAUGCUUGCCCCGUUUCCCUGAUGAACACCAUUUUGAAAGAGUUCUUAGAAACAUUAAGAGCUAAAAUUAUAUUGUUCCCCAUACAAUUAAACUGGACAUACAAUUAAACUAAAGAAAACCUGUUUGGGGUGCAACUGACAUAGUUUUUUUAAAUACUAAUGACACCCUCCAGGCCAUGCCACCCUGGGCAGAGAGCAAGAUCCUGCAAACAAAAUACUGCCACUUAUGUUAGUUAUUGGAUAGGCAGUUGUCAUACGUCUGGUUAUUAAAUUUUGUAUAUCUUAUAGCUGUACGGUCAGCUACAUAUGGGAUGUCUGAGAUGUAGCACACUGAGUAGAACUUACAUUUAAAGUCAUAGGGUGUUGACUUUUACAUGUGUAUAAAAAACUAUUGAAGGUCUUGCACCAUGCACUAAAUUAGAGCAAACGAAUCAAGCACACUGUCACACUGUUUGAAAGUUUUUUUUGUUUGUUUUUUUAAGUUUCAUUUCACCAAAUAUACAGUUCUUACUUUUUAGUCUAGCCUUGUUCCCAGGACUUCCCUUUUAUCGUUUGUGUAUUCUUUUUAUGUGAUUGUUUUCAGACCUCCAUGCCCUUCAAGUGGAGCCGUGGAUCCACUGUUUUUGCACUAGACUUCCACCCUUUUAGGAGUUCAGAUUGUUUCCGAGCUAACCUCUUUCUCGUAUGAAGGUUUUUCAGUCACGGCUUGUUUCCUUGCCACCGCAUUUCAGAUGUGUUCACUCAUACAGCCAAGACGAAUAAUCAGUAUUGAGACCUGAUUGACUGAGCACAGUUUGGAUUUGACAUCAGUUCUAGAAAUUUCACUGACCUGUGUCUGAGGAUUUUAGUUGAACGAGAGCACAGAAGACCCGCUCUGAAUACCCAAGUCAAUAAGGCAUAACCAGUCUGUGAAACAGAAUCUCCUCCUCUCAGGAUACCCUUGUGCCGAUUAACAUCAUUUGAUAUUCUGAUGGCCAAUUUUAAAUUGUCUGUGGUACUCAGAGGUUUUGGACAUGGGUACACACACAACCACCACUGGCUCAGCAGACAAACUGUCCCUGAAAAGAAACAAAAGUGAAAAAGGCUGUAAUUAUUGUUGAGAAAUAUGAAUACAUAUAAAUACACUGUUAAAGAUAUUGUUUAUUCUGUUUAUUUUGGGGGGUUUUUCAUGCUGAAUUUUGGACCCGAGGAGCAGUACAUAUCAGGGGUCUAUAAUUACCUGCUCCUUAUUAUGUAUCAAGUUUAUCACUGCAUAAUUAGUGUCUCAUUUUCUCUUUAAGAUGUCUCAGGGACAGACUUUUUGGGCUACUGGUAACCUUGAGAAUCUGUUACAUGUUUGAGAGAAAGAGCAGUGUAUUCACCCAUUUAUUUAUGUUGGAACCUCUUGAGGUGUUGUCAAGUCUUUUUGUAUUUUCACCUCAUUUAGAUUUCUUGGAGUCUAAUUUCCACAACACACAUAUAGGUACAGUUUGAGGAGUCUGAGGCUGACUUGAUGACGGUAGUGGUGACAGGGGCUCCUAAGUUUGCAGUCAGAGGCGAGUGAGGUGGACUGAGUGUUGUAGUGGUAAUAGUUUCCUGCGGAUCCUGAACGCUGAGCCAGUCCCUGUAGCGCCUCGUCUCACCAUCGGCUCUUGACUUCCUCCUCAUGCUGCUCCUGCAUGACAUGGUUUUGUUCAGUGGUUCGUUCAAUUUGUAAUUUAUAUUUUUUUUCUUCGUUUUUUUUUAUUUAUUUUUGGUAUGUUUUGCCAAUUUCUACUGUAUACACUUGUGUGUGCAAUCAUCUCUUCCUCUUUCUGCUUUGAUUUUUGACUCAUAAAUGGUUCAGCUUAAGAGUAAUCGUGCCUGACUUUUUAGAGUUUUAUAGUAUCCCUCAUUUCUUAUAUGGCCUGUUUAAAAAAAGGCACUCUUGCGUUUGUCACGCAACAGAGUGCACAUUCUCUUCUACUUUUUAAUGGCAGCCAGAACAGAAGUCAAUAGCUGUAUACUGUAUGUUGUUGCCAAUAUGAAAUAUGAAGAGAAAAACUACAAACCACCUUUCAAGCCUGAAUGAAUGUGUCACACUCAAGAGAUGAUUGUUGGUAGGGUAUGCUCAAAAUUUUUGAUUUGUUUAAAAACAUUUGUGAUUUUAUUUUUGGGAUCCAACAAUGCAGUAGCUUCAAUGCAGUUCAAUCUAUCUAUUAUGAAUACUCAUCACACAUGUUGCCCAUCUUUGAUGAUACCCAUGAAAUUAGGAAAGCAUAGAAACAAAAAGGUUACCUAUUUACACAAAUCACAGAUUUUGUUCCUUAAUCCCAAUCAUUGUAUUGUAAUCAGUAUGCACUGGAAAGUACUUUGUUUUUGUAAAUCCCAGUAGUGUUUUAAUGUAUAGUAUAAACUCUGGAUUGCUCUCAUGGGCUAAUCUGGCCAUGUGUCA